AUGUGGCAAUUCACCCCCGAGCUUCGACAGCUCGUUCUCACCACGAUCGUUAUACUGCUCGCCGCACCAAGAACCACGCUCGCUCAAGCAUCAUGUUCGCCAGCACUGACAUACGGCGUUGUGUACCAACAAGCAGUCUCGAUAAAUACAUAUGUUCUGACAAACACCACCUUCUAUCCAAUACCAGAAGUGGCAAUCACGAUCGACAACGCACCCACGAGUCUGAACGAGGUGACGACUUUACGAUACACGCAGUACUUGCGAGACCAGACACUUUAUGGGUCAAGCCAAAGGUCCUCGACAACGGAUGGAAGCAUCACAUCCUUCGAACAACCCUCCGAACAACCGAAGACCGUCACAACAACUUCUCCCGAUACAACCGGCACAGUCCUUCCAAUCCUUUCAUCAACUCCAAAUCCAAGCCCAUUCAGCGAACAAUACAUCCUCCGCGUCGUGGGAACCGCCGCCCAGCACUCUGACAACCGCAAGAUUAAUCAACGACAAAGUGGAGCCUUCUACCUCAAUUCCAACGGUACCACCACGAACGACUGCACACAAUCUCCCAUAUACACAGUCGGAAGCGAUGGCGGUCUAACAGCCACCAUGAACGGGAUGAUAUACACCUACUCUACAUCCGCCAACGUACCGUACCAACAAUUCGUACCCUCUACGAUUCCCGGCAGCAUAACGACGGCCUUCUCGCUCGGCGGGAGUGGUGUACUAAACUGGUUCAACGCCGCUUUCUUCAACGGUCAGGCGUCAUUUUGCGCGAUAAGUAACGGAACGAUCUACGUUGUAUUUCAGCAGAAUGUACAGCCUUCAGGGUAUUUGUAUAUUCAAUUGUCGUUGUAUUCGGCGGCGAGUUGUCAGGGGCUGCAGUACUCAACUGUUACUGGCCCGACAGGGCCAACUGGGCCGACUGGUCCGACGGGUCCGACAGGUGUGGCUGGAGCGAUAGGAGCAGUUGGCCCAACAGGCGCGAAUGGAGCCAGCGGAGCUGCGGGAGCCACAGGUCCGACAGGAGCUCAAGGGAUUGCUGGCGUGACUGGGGCUACAGGACCUCAGGGUACUCAAGGCGCCGCGGGGGCUCAGGGUCCUGCUGGGGCAACAGGAGCAACGGGCGUGACAGGUGCAACGGGUGCUACAGGACCUCAAGGCAGUCCAGGGGCGGCGGGAGCUCAGGGUUCUACUGGGCCAACAGGAGCGAAUGGAGCGACAGGUCCUACUGGCGCUACAGGAGCCACGAGUGCAUCUGGCGUGCAAGGAGCUCAAGGUACCCAGGGGCCGACAGGUGCUACUGGAAGCCAGGGAGCGCAAGGUACUCAAGGGCCUACUGGAGCGACCGGGCCACAGGGAGCUCAAGGGACCCAAGGCGCUACUGGUGUCACUGGCCCUUCAGGCGCCACUGGAGUGGCGGGGGCUACGGGUGUGCCAGGUCCAACUGGAGCUCAAGGAUCGCAAGGAGCUCAAGGUGUCGCAGGGUGA